AAUUUAAGCAAUUCAUUAAUUUUAAUCAGGCACAAAUUGGACAACCUCCCUGUUCCUCCAUGUGUUCAAGCACCCCUCAAGAUGUCCAUGCUUGCCGAACCUCGUCGUAAACAGAAGUGGUCUGUGGACCCCAGAAACAGCGCAUGGAGCAACGAUGAGUCCAAAUUGGGACAGAAAAUGCUGGAACGCAUGGGCUGGUCCAAAGGAAAGGGUCUUGGCAAGAGUGAACAGGGGGCUACAGAACACAUCAAGGUUAAAGUCAAGAACAACAGCCUGGGUCUGGGCACUACUGCAAGCAACGAGGACAACUGGAUUGCCCAUCAGGAUGAUUUUAAUCAACUCCUUGCUGAGCUUAACAGCUGCCAUGCACAGAACAACACUGAUAACCCCACACAGGAACAGGGUUUUAGUUUGGAAGAAAAGUCAAAGACAUCCAAGAAAAGGGUCCACUACAUGAAAUUCACUAAGGGAAAGGACCUGUCCAGUCGCAGCAAAACAGACCUAGCUUGUAUUUUUGGGAAGCGAUCGAAACGAGAGACAAGAGACCAAGAUGAGGGAAGCAGUGGACCCGACUCUCAGGAAGAGAGAGAAGAGGACAAAGACACAGGAACAAAUCCGAACCCAGAGACGCAACCAAACACAGUGACCAGCACACUGACCAUGCAAGAGUACUUUGCUCAGCGGAUGGCCCAGAUCAAGAAGGCUCAGGCAGGACGAGACCCAGCCGCAUCUUCAUCUGAGGUCAGCAGCAAUGCACCUUCUCCACUGGCUCCAUCUGCCUCCAUGGAGGACUCCCCCAACACCAGUGAUAUGGAACAGUCCAAAAAGAAGAAAAAGAAGAAAAAAGACAUGGAGAGCGAAAGAGAUGGCGCAGAGGAAGAUGCACUGACCUCAGUAACAGGAGAGAGUGUUGAAGAGCCAAAUCACUCACAGAAAAAGAAGAAAAAGAACAAGAGGAAACGAGAGGAGCGGGAUGAGGAUGGGACUGAAGUGUGCAGCGCCCCUACAGUAAUGGAUGGCACCACUGAAGAAGACUCUCCCACCACAGGAAAGAGGAAGAAGGAGAAAAAAACAUCUCUAGAGGUUCAUGCAGAUGAACUUAAAACAAUAGAAAUUGAGAAUAUGGACCAUAAAGUUUCAGAUAAAAAGAAAAAGAAGAAAAAGAGAGAACGGGACGAAGAGGAAGGAGCAAGUGAGGAAGUGGUGCCCAAAAAGAACAAGAAAAAAUGAUUUUUUUUUUUUUACAAUUAACUGCUGUCGAAACUCUUGACUUUUUGAUACCAUCAUGAUUUUUAAUAUUGAGAUCACCAAAAUGAAUAACAACGAAGCAUAUGAAUUUACAUUUAUAAUUGGUUUGUUUCUCCAUAUUUA